CGACGACUACGUGGACAACCGGGAGGACUACGUGCUAAACGAGGUGGCCACGGAUUACAACGCUGGCUUCCAAGGGGCGCUGGCUGGCAUUGUCCACCUCGAGGUUAUCAGCGGAUUGCCCACAACCAACAACAAAUGCCCAUGUCUUCAAUAAAAAAAAAAGACUUGUUUUUUUAGUCGGUCUAUUAAGAUCAGGUUUGCGUUUAGAUUGUGUUCUAUAGCCUGUUAUUGACGGCGUGCGAUAAAAAGGCCUUAUUGCUGGUACAUAGUUAUCUAUAAAUCUUUUCCAGCCUUGUUGGCAUCAACCGGCAGAGGAUAAAACUAAGAGGAAAAAGGAAAGCUUUAAAGUCUUUAAAGAUGGGGAAACUUAAGGUGUCCAUUUUUUUGUUUACUUGGGAAAACUACACCUUAUGAAUUACUGCGCUUAUUCAAAUUUCGUAUGUUUCUCAUAAAUAUGUUAAUAUAAUGCCUAAAUAUAUGAUCCCAUAAAGAAUGUAUAUGACACAUACAAAGACCUAUAACAUAAAGGUGAUUU